AUGCUAAAGCCCUUGCAGCCCCUCUCGCUCCUGGUCCUGCUCAUCCUCGCUGCCACUGCCCAGGGACAGGCUGACACGGGCCCCAAGGUGCUGCAGCCAUGGCUCCUGGGCCUCACUGCUGUUGUCGUUUUCCUCUUCAUCGUCUUCGUGGUGCUGCUCGUUAACCGGCUCUGGAAUCUCAAGAGGCACAGGUUGGAUUGGAAGGAGAACGACUACCCGGAGACCCUGGCGACUGACAGGCUGGAGCGCUCCGGCCACGUAAACCCGGCGGCUGAGGACUGCGAUGAGCUGAAGGACGACAAGCAGCAGAGCAAGGCCACGUCCCUCUGA